CCACAGCCAAUGGCCACUUCUCCGGAGACCCAAACUCCCCUCCUCGACGACGUCAUCCACGGCUCCGUCGACCACUCCGGCCACCCAGUCCGCCGAUCCACCUCCGGCGGUUGGCGUUCCGCGUCCUUCAUAAUAUGGGUGGAGGUCGCCGAGAGAGUUGCCUACUAUGGAAUCAGCUCCAACCUCAUUUCCUUCCUCACCGGGCCGAUGGGACACUCCACGGCCUCCGCGGCCAAGAACAUCAACAUAUGGUCCGGAACGGCGUCGUUGCUUCCUCUACUCGGCGCCUUCGUCGCUGAUUCUCUUCUCGGUCGCUACCGCACCAUCGUUGCCGCUUCUCUCCUCUACAUCUCGGGUCUUGGCUUGUUGACUGUAUCAGCUGUGCUCCCUUCUUCUCAGCUUCAAGUAUCAUUGUUCUUUUUCUCUCUAUAUUUAGUAGCAAUUGGGCAAGGUGGACACAAACCUUGUGUUCAAGCUUUUGGGGCAGAUCAGUUUGAUAGACACGAUCCAGAGGAGAGCCAAGCGAAAAGCUCAUUCUUCAAUUGGUGGUAUUUUGGUAUAUGUGCAGGCCCCUUACUUACGCUUACAGUAUUAGACUACAUACAAGAUAAUCUUAGUUGGGGCCUGGGUUUUGGUCUUCCUUGCAUUGUCAUGGUCCUUGCACUGCUUAUUUUCCUUGGUGGGACUAGAACAUACCGGUACAGUAUUAAAUCGGAUGAGGAAAGCCCAUUUGUGAGAAUAGGCAAGGUGUUUACUACAGCAUUAAGGAAUCGGAGAACAAGUCCUUUAGCAAUAGCUUCGGAAGAGGAUUCUCGUGGAAUGUUGCCUCACAGAAGUUCUGAACAAUUCAAAUUCCUCAACAAAGCCUUGUUUCCACCAGACAAAUUGAAGGAAAAUGAGAAGGUCUAUACCAUCACUGAGGUUGAGGAAGCAAAAGCCGUUCUCAGGUUGUUUCCGAUUUGGGUUACAUGCUUGGUAUAUGCUAUUGUGUUUGCACAGUUCUCGACUUUCUUCACUAAGCAAGGUGCCACCAUGGACCGAACAUUUGUGCCAGGUUUUGACAUACCAGCUGCUGCACUUCAAUCUUUUAUAAGCCUUGUCAUUAUUGUAUUCAUUCCAAUUUAUGAUCGUAUUUUUGUCCCAAUAGCGAGAUCAUUCACCAGAGAACCCUCUGGUAUUACAAUGCUACAACGAAUAGGAACUGGGAUGUUUAUAUCUACUAUUUCCAUGGUAGUUGCAGCUUUAGUUGAGAUGCAAAGGCUCCAAACUGCCAAAGAUUAUAAUCUGGUUGAUAAGCCAAGUGUUACAGUUCCAAUGAGUGUUUGGUGGCUACUUCCCCAAUAUUUGUUAACCGGACUGGCUGAUGUUUUUACCAUGGUUGGUCUGCAGGAGUUCUUCUACGAUCAGGUACCAAGAGAAUUAAAAAGUGUAGGACUAGCAUUUUACCUCAGUAUAUUUGGUGUGGGAAGCUUUCUGAGCAGCUUUCUUAUCUCUGUUAUUGAUGAAGCCAGCAAUUGGGCAGGCCAUACUAGCUGGUUUUCCAGUAACCUUAAUCGUGCGCAUCUUGAUUACUUUUAUUGGUUACUUGCCAUACUCAGUGCAGUACAAUUGAGCAUCUACAUGUGUAUUGCUAAAUCUUACGUCUACAAUAGAGGUAGCACAGUAUAAAAUGUAUUAUUAUGAGCAGAUACAGUGUGCCAGUCAGCCAAUGUCGCUAUGUUCAUUAUAGUCAAUAAAAAGGUGAAGCUCUAAAUCAAAUGUAAUUUUCCAUUUUGUUCAUGAAGUCUAGUGAUAAAUGAUAGAGGGUACAUGACUAUAUGAUCUGUGUUAUUAUUCUGUUGUAUAUUAAAUUUGUUUUUCAAU